GUCCCAUCCUCGUCGUUCUCGCCCACGGCGCUCCGGUCCCCUCCAGCGACCCCUCCACCCCGCACGACCACCCUCCGGCUCCGCACGCCACGCGCUAUUCGUUCUGCUCAAGACGUCCCGGGUCAUUCCGCUCACCACACAACAGCUCAAGAUGAAAUUAGCGCGAGCCCUCCUUGUUCUCGCCAGCGCUACCGUUGCUCUCGGCUCUGGCGUAGUCCCGUAUGGCACGGUGUCUACGACGACGGUAACAUCGUCUACCGACGACUCUAUCAUCCCUGGUGAUAUCGUCGCCGUAAACCACGGAGCAUACGGCCGUACAGAAGGUCUCGUUGUUGGUUCACACGUCGACUACGCUGGACGGCAAGUGAUUGAAGUGCAGCUGGACAAUCCCACGCACGAGGUCUACCAUGCCUGGUACCCCGCCGUUACCCGUGUCAAGCGUGUUGUGCACAACCGUCUCCCAGCCCCAGCGAAGCACCGCACCAUCGAACGCCACGUCUACUACUAGACCUGGACUUUUGACCCAUCGCUUUCCUAUGUCUACUGGACGAACGCGGGGCAAUCGGGCCAUCUCCAGCAAAAGUUGAUGGUCCGUGCCGGCUUCUAACAUAGAACGGCUUGUACUCGCCGUUCGGUCCAUGCUUCGUCGUGCAGCCGGAGUAAUCGACGGUGCUCCGUCGACUGAGGAAGGUGGUUGUAUAAUUUAUUCAAAACAGUCUACCGGACGGUCACAACACACCGCGAUAUCAAGGGCAAGGAGCUUGUAUAUUCUACGCAUCUGUACAUAGUUUAGAUUCUGGGGACUCUCGCUCAUACUUAUAUUGUUAUUGGCUUCUCGCUCCAUACGCUUGCUUUAAC